AUGCAAAACACAGGGUUGGGACCUGUUUCGCCAUCCCCGCGCUCAUAUAGUUUGGAGAGAAGUGCAAGGGAAAAGGUCGAGCAUCCAAGAUCGCCAGACGGGAAGUUAUUGCCGACAGCCGGUGUCUGGAAAGACGAGGAUUUCGCCCCUGAUCUCUUACGACGAAUCAAGUGUGAACUCCCCGGCUUGGUCGGUAAACGGUUCACCAAAGUCGUUCAGUGGUGCUUGUCAGUUCAGCCAACAGACAGAUUCUCUCAAGCUGAGAGGCUUGCUGAGAUGGAAGAGAAGGUUUUAGCAGAGCUAGGAAAAGUGCAAGUAUAG